AUGAAGCUGGAGGCAGUGGACCCGGCUGCUCCCAUCUCAGUGCGACCUGCCUCCGUCACCAAGGUUUGUAAUGAUCAGUAUUUUGUGGUGACGAUGGACGAUCUCUGUGGGAUGGAAGACUCGGAGAGUCCUGGUCGGUCCUUCCUGUGCCACAGACUCAGUCCCGGACUCUUUCCGGCUCAAUGGAGCCUGAAGAACGGACUCACGCUCUGCCCUCCGCCAGGACACCAGGGGCCAGACUUCGACUGGGCAGACUAUCUGAAACAAUGUGGGGCCGAGGCGGCGCCGGAACACUGCUUUCCCACAGUGCAGAGUGAACACAGUUUUAAAGAAGGAAUGAAGCUGGAGGCCGUAAACCUUCUGUCGCCGGAGAACAUCCAUGUGGCGACUGUGACCAGGGUCAAAGGGCAGUACCUCUGGCUCAGUCUGGAAGGACUCAAAACGCCGAUGCCUGAGCUGAUUGUUCACGUGGACUCUCUGGACAUCUUCCCCGUCAGCUGGUGUGAGACCAACGGGUAUCCUCUCGUCCAUGCCAUCAAGCCCCCAGUUGAAAAAGAGAGAAAGGUGGCAGUGGUUCAGCCAGAGAAGCAAAUUCCACCAAAGUCGUCUUCACCCAAUGAUGUCAAACCACAAACAACCACUCAGCCUGAACCCGGACAGAGUCACGGCAGAUACUACUGUCCAAAGAUCUACUUCAAUCACCGCUGCUUCUCUGGGCCGUACCUGAACAAGGGCCGCAUCGCCGAGCUGCCGCAGUUCAUCGGGCCCGGGAACUGUAUUCUGGUUCUGAAGGAGGUGUUGACUUUGCUCAUAAACUCUGCGUACAAACCGAGCAGAGUUCUGCGAGAGCUGCAGCUGGACCAGGAGAGCCGCUGGCAGGGCCACGGAGAGACGCUCAAGGCCAAGUACAAAGGCAAGAGCUACAGAGCCACAGUGGAAAUAGUGCGCACAGCGGACAGAGUGGCUGAUUUCUGCAAAAAAACAUGUAUCAAGCUGGAGUGCUGCCCAAACCUGUUUGGACCUCGCAUGGUUCUGGAGCGCUGCUCGGAGAACUGCUCCGUGCUCACAAAGACCAAAUACACUUAUUACUACGGAAAGAAGAAGAGUAAACGGGUCGGCCGUCCUCCUGGAGGUCACUCCAAUCUGGAGCCCGGAGCGAGACCGAGAGGACGAAGGAGGAAGAGGAGGAAGCAGCUGUUUGUGCAUAAGAAGAGACGCUCUUCAGCAUCUGUGGAUAACACCCCUGCUGGAUCUCCACAGGGAAGUGGAGAGGAAGAGGAUCUUGAUGAAGAUGAUUCUUUGAGUGAUGACUCUGGUUCAGAGUUUCAGGAUGACUCGGAGCAGUCCGUUGGUAAAUCUCAGCCAACGACUCCGUCUCCAUCUCCACCGACAACGCCACGGCCCACACGGCGCCGCAGGAAACCCCGCUCUCCAUCUUUCUCUGACGAUGAGAACCACCCUCCGUCUCCAAAGGCUGCAAAGACUGAGCCUCCUCAGAAGCUGUGUCUGGACCACAGCCCUCUGGACUGGAGCGUCUCUGAUGUGGUCCGCUUCAUCAGGACCACGGACUGUGCUCCACUGGCCCGGAUCUUCAUGGACCAGGAGAUCGACGGCCAGGCGCUGCUGCUGCUGAACCUGCCCACGGUGCAGGAGUGCAUGGAUCUGAAGCUGGGACCAGCCGGCAGUAGGCCAGGUGAAUGUCGCAGUAAGAGAAUGACACCAUCCUGUCUCCUGCUGUGA